UUGACUUAACUGUUCUUCUAUCACCCCCAGGUCUCUCAGAAGGGUCUCAUACUCGCAGCUGGAUUUCUAUGGUUAUUUCCAGUCGUCGCUUUCAUUGGAUACGUUAGUUCAGUACAAGACCUGCAAAACCAUGCAGCCAAAGCCUAAAAGGUCGGACAGAAUAGAUGUGAAUCUAUAUAAUGUUCCACAUUCUACUGUAUGUUCUGAUCCAUGGUGGAGUACCAUGGGCUAUAACUCCAUUUCAACUACUAUGAUGCGGGGAAGUGUAUCAGAGUCAUCGUCCCUGGAGCAAUCCAUGGAUGGUCAGUCACAGUCUGAUAGUAGAAUCCAUGAGGAAGAUGAAGACAGUGCCAAGCAAUCAGAGAGUGUGGUAAAUCAACAUCCAGAUGGAAAUUAUGCACAAGAAGAUAAUAACUUCCAGAGAAUCGCGUCAGCCAUUCCUCCAAAAAGCAAUGAGAGCCUUACUCAGCCCCAGCAAUUUGAACUGGUUGGGCAUUCAAUUGCUUGUGCUUCAAACCCAUAUCCUGAUCCAUAUUUUGCAGGGAUGGUGGCAACUUAUGGGCAGCCUUUGGUUCAUCCUCCACUAAUUGAUAUGCAUCAUGCCAGGAUGCCUCUUCCUCUUGAAAUGACACAAGAGCCUGUUUAUGUGAAUGCCAAGCAGUAUCAUGGGAUUUUGCGACGAAGAGAGUCGCGUGCCAAAGCUGAGCUUGAAAAGAAGUUGAUAAAAGCACGCAAGCCAUACCUUCAUGAGUCCCGACAUCAACAUGCUUUGAGAAGAGCAAGGGGUUCUGGAGGACGAUUUGCGAAAAAGACAGAUGCCAAUGAUUCAAUGGGAUCAUGUUCCAGUUCAGCCAUCUCAUCACAUGGCAGCUUUGAGAGGCCAAAUAGCUCACAGGAAGUAACACAAGAUUCUGUCAAUGGCGCAGGAGGAUACUUACCAGGCCAGUUGUGUGGAAAUGUGCCAUCUAAGCAGGUGGAUUCCAUGCCUUGAUCCAUACACCCAUUUGGGGGUCAAAGAUUGUACUUCUGAGCUGAGGGAGGUACAAUCACCAGUCAUUUCUCUUGGCUUUCUUAUGCUGGGCGGCAAUUCAUUCUUGGCUUUGUUUCUUCUGUUUGAGGUGGGUUGGGUUUAGACUUGUGGCUUAUAAAAGAUUCCAUUUUGUUUUCUCAUCUGUUGUGUAAAGGAAUAGACUUAGGUAGAAAACAGAGAGAGAACUUCCUGGUAGGAUCUUGAGACAAAUAAUUUGCUUUAUUUAGGGACAAUGUAUAAUUUUAGGUUCAAGUGUGUUUAUGUAUUUCAUGUAUAAUUCUAGGCGGCUUAUGUAUUUUCUUGUAUUUCAUGUUGUUGGCUAUGGAAUUCGGUACGCGAAUAUUUUUGGUGAGGAUGCUUCUGAGCAUUAAGGCGGUUUAACUAGGCUGACGUGCUGGCUGAAUUCA